AUAACCAUAAAACGUACACAACAACGACAACAACAUUCCCAGGAUCUUAUAUUGGAGAAAAAGUCUUUAGUUAAAGAAACCAAUCGCCUGAAAACCUUAAACAGUCAUUUGGAUUAUCGUCUCAACGAACAAGAAAAACGCUUGAGUGCUGUUAGUUUGGAAUUGACAAAAACUUGGCAUUUGGUUGGUAAAAUGCAACGUCAACACCGUCAAUUACAUACACAAGAGCAAAUCUUACGCUAUCAGCUGCAACAAAAGCGUCGUUUGCUCAGUGAACUCAAGGAUGAGCUGGAGUAUUGUCGCCGCAAAUGGGCGGCUGCACGUGCCAAAAAUGAUGAAAGUCAAGAGCAAUGCAAUGAUUUACGACGUGAAUUUGCCAGGCGUAAAUUGGAGGAUGCCAAUAAUUCGGCUGAAAGUGGUUACAGUGAUUCGGGUGGCCCAGCUUCGGACGAGGAAGUUGUCGUGGUAGUGGGUCAAGAUGUUGUUGAUGGUGUUGUUGGAGAUGCCGAUGUUGAAGAUGAGGAUUUGGAGCAGGAGGGUGCUUUGGCAGCGAAUACCGCCGCAGGUGGUUGCGUGAAUUAUAGACGCAAACGUUUGAGAGAAAUGUUCGAACAUACACGUAAAAUCAAACGUAUGCAAAGUACUUCGCCUGGCAGGGCUGGUAAUCCAAUGCAACCGGAAAUUGUAACAUUACGUUGGAAUAGUGCUCCUCCCACCUGCGGUUGGAGGGAUAGUGGUGGCUUAGAGGAAGAUGAAGAUGACUAUGAAAUAGAAGAAGCUACAGCUUCUUCCUCUAAUACAUCCUCGGAAAGAGGAGCUAUACCAAAGGCACCCACUAGGCCCUCUAGACGUCCUAAACGACGCAGUGCUGAACGCUCAGAAACUGAUGAUAAACCUUUAGCUGAAGUUGAGCCUGCUGAUGACAGAGCCUGUAGAAUUCUUAAGCUAGAGGAACAAUGUAAAACUUUGAUAAAACAGGUGUUGGAAACUUCCGACAAUCGUGAACGUUUGGAGGUGCAACUUAAACGUUUUCAAGAUGAAAUAUCUCCAGUGCAACAUGCCGUUCCUUUGGAAGAACUUAUAAAUAAAAAACGCUUUGAACGCAUGACUCGUGCUAGUUCAGUGCCAAUUACCGGUUCAGGCUCUCUAACUCCGCGAGAAGAGGAAUAUACACGCAAACGUUCGGAACGUUUGGAAAGAUUGGAAGAAGAGAGUCGCCAAUUAAUGUCACGCAUUAAACGUACCUCAGAUAGAGGACAUUAUUUGCGUUGCUCUUUGGAUCGUAUAAGAAGAGCUCCUCCCAGUCGUGAGGGUAGUUUAGAAAGUAAUACUGAAGACGAUGUCCGCAAGCCCGAAGAAGAGGAAGAUCCAAUUUCUGGCACUGAAAACAACUCUCAAGAUAACUCUCAAUCAGAAAAUCUAAAUAAUAAACCAAGUCCUUUAACUGCCGAAGAAGAAGCCUAUACACAACGUCGUGCGGCCCGUUUGCAAAGACUUGAAGAAGAAAGUAAGCAAUUGUUGACCAAGCUCUCCAAAAAUAAUCAAAGAGGUGAUAAUAUCGGAAUUAAACUCGAUACUCUACAUGAACGUUAUAAAUCUCAAGAAGAAUCCUUCACCUCCAGUAGUUCCCAACAAAUGCCAGCUACAGCAGCAACUUCGGCACAAUCAACUAACACUUCUUCAACUCCCGGCAAAAUGUCGGUAGAGCAAAGAAUUGAAAAUAUUGAGAAAAUCUCCUCUAAUCGUGAAGAACGUCUGCGCAUUUUAGAAGAAGAGGGACGCCUGUUAAUCAAUAGACUUUCGGAAACCUCCGAAAAGGGUACCAAAAUGAUAAACAGAAUUGCUGAAAGAGAACUCAAUCGCCAGAAGCGUGCCUCCCCCAAUAGGGACAGUUCCUUAGAUAAUGAUAGCUCUACCUCAGCUAAAGUUGUAAAUGACAAUUCUACCUCUGAAGAAACCCCUGUGGCAGCAGCACUUUUACCCACACCAAAGAAGGUGGCCUGCUCUAGUAUUGUAUCUGAGGAGCUCAAUGAAAGGGUAACCAUAACCACUACACCAAGUCAAAUAGCCGCCCAUCAGGGUGCCAUUCCCAAAUCUAAACCCACAUUACAGCUAUUGGCCGCACGUCCAAAAGCCGCUAGAUUACAAAAAUCUGAAAAUAAAACCAAUGAUAAUACAAAUGAAUCAUUGGAAGAUAUGGUAAGACGUUUGCAAUCAUUGCCUUUCCCUGGCCAGGAACAAACAACAAAGCCAGAAAUAACAGAGGAAAAGGCGAAAGAAUUUGAAAAUGAUUUAGAAGCCUCUAGUAUGAAAGAAGAUAUUGCUAGAUUUGAAGAACUUACAGUGCCUGAAAGUAAUGAAAAUCUUUCCGUUUCCAAAGAGUGUCCUACAAAUGAGACCUCUGUUGUAACGGAAAAAGUUGCUGUUGUUACUCAAACUACAGAAGAACUCAACUCUCCAAAUAAAAAUGCUGAACAAAAUUAAAUCAACUACAACAAGACUUUAUUCUUCGUGUUCAAUUAUAUAUAAACUAAUUUAUUAACAUCAUGAAAUGCUGAUUUUUCACACGAUUUCCAUUCGGGUAUCGUUUGAAUAGGUUCAAUAUAAUAGUUCAGUUAAUAUUACAAUUUAAUUUAAUAAUAUAUUUUCAGAUUAAUUUACAUAUUUAUAUUUUUAAUAUGAUUUUUAAAUGCUUUACGAUAAAUAAUUGUAACUCGUAAGAAAU